GAGAGAGAGAGAGAGAGAGAGAGAGAGAGAGAGAGAGAGAGAGAGAGAGAGAGAUGGCCAGGCAAGAAGGGUUUGUGGAGGCAAACAAUACAGAGGGAAUCAUCGUUAGAAUUGAACACAAGUCUCGCAAGAUCGAAAGCUUACUCAAACAGUCCAAACCAGUUGAGGCCCUCAAAACGGCUCUUGAAGGCGCACCCCCGAAGACCAAAGAUGAAAGAUGCAAAUCUGCGAAUUGGAUUGUGGUGCAUCGUGCUAUGAUGGCUAUAAAAGAUGUUGAUGGGAUGUUCUCUGCAUUGGAUCCUGAGUACUAUGACAUUCUCAUGAAGUACUUGUAUAGAGGUUUGGCCACUGGAGACCGUCCUACAUGUGACCAGUGCCUCCGGAUUCAUGAAAAGCUGACCGAGAAAGCUGGGUUGGGUUGCAUAUUGCGUGCCCUUUCUGACUCCGUCAACAUAGUUUGAUACUUGAAUGAGCUUCAGGAUUUUUAGACACAAUGUAGAUAACAAAAACAUUUUUAGUCAUUUACCCCUCUCUUUUACAUACAGCUUUCACCUAUUUGUGUCAAAUAGACUGCAGUCUGAAGGUUGAUGAUUUUGUAGAAAUGAUUUUAAUAAAAAAUGUAGUUUUUACUUCAA